UUUACAACGACUUAUCUGCCUCACAGAACGUGAAGGUCAGAGGUAUUUCAUAAUGGAGAUAAUUUGUGAUUUCAGGUUCGCCGAUGGAACGCCCUGCCCCCGGAGAAGCGCCGGCCGAUGUGCACCGCCCGGGCCAACUGGCUCUCGCUCUCCACGACCUUCUUCAGAAAGGACCUCCACCACCAAAUCCCCAUUCCUCUCUACGACGUCUUGGAGCUGGACGAGGCGAGACUGGUCGUCCGGGUCGAGCCCAUGGUCACCGUGGGGCAGAUCACGGAGUAUCUCAUCCCGAAAGGUUCCAGAAUUUUUU